UCUUUCGGAGAAGACUUCUCUCAAUGGCAGCACGAUCUGCGUCCUCAUCUGGUUGGAGUUAUGAAGUAUUCCUGAACUUCAGGGGUAUAGAUGCUCGUACUACCUUUACUGAAGAUCUCUACAAUGCCUUGGUUGCUGCUGGUAUUCACACUUUCAUUGACGACGUUAAACUCCGUACUGGGGAAGAGAUCGGCCCAGAGCUACUCUCUGAGAUCCAGAAGUCAAGAAUCUCGAUCCCCAUCUUCUCAAAGAAUUACGCGUCAAGCAAAUGGUGCCUCAACGAGCUCGUCAAGAUCGUCGAAUGCAGGAAAACCAUGAAUCAACUUGUCAUGCCCAUCUUCUACGAUGUUGAUCCCGCAGACGUCGGUCACCACACUGGGAGCUAUGCAGAGGCUCUUCAGGAACACAACAAGUGUUUCGAUCAGAGCAUCAUUGACGAGUGGAAAAAUGCUCUGAGAGAGGUUGGGGAAUUGAAGGGAUGGGUUUUGAAGAACAUCGAUGGAGGGAAUGAAGAAGCAUCAGUAAAAUUAGUUGUUGCAACAAUUUCCAAUGAAUUGGAAAAAGAUUCCCUGAUUGUUUCUGAUGACCUACUUGGAAUCCAAUCUCAUUUAGAAAAAGUGAGAAACUUAUUGAACAUUAAACCAGAUGAUGUAAAGAUUGUGGGAGUGUGGGGGCUAGGUGGGAUUGGCAAGACAACUAUAGCCAAGAUCGUUUACAAUGAAAUUUCAAAUCACUUUGAAGGAUGUAGUUUUCUUAAAAAUGUUCGAGAUACUUCACUUAUCGAUUUGCAAAAUCAACUUCUUUCUGAAAUAUUGGAAGGAGUAAGAUUCAACAUCACUAAUAAAGACAGGGGAAUUGAAAUGAUCAAAGAAAGACUUUGCAUGAGGAAAGUUCUUAUUGUUCUUGAUGAUGUGGUUGAAAAAUCUCAAUUAAAUGCAUUAGUCGGGAAGCGUGAUUGGUUUGGUUUGGGAAGUAGAAUUAUAAUCACAACAAGAAAUGAGCAUAUCUUAGUUCAUCAUGAAGUGGAUGGGAUAUAUGAGCCCUGUGAAAUGGAUCCAAAUCAAUCUCUUCAACUAUUUUCCAGGUGUGCCUUCAAAAGGGACCAAACACCGGAGGAGUAUCUAGAUCUCUCAAAAGACAUAGUUAAGGAAACUGGAGGACUUCCCUUGGCUCUUGAGGUUAUAGGUUCAUCUUUAUUUGGCAUGGAAAAAUCAGAAUGGCAAGUUACACUGGAGAUGUUGCAAAAUCAUUUUCUUCAUGCUGAAGUUUUGGAAAAGUUGAAAAUAAGUUUUGAUGAGUUAACGUAUUUGGAGAAACAAAUAUUUCUUGAUAUCGCAUGCUUUUUCAAUGGAAUGGAUAAACAUAUUGCAUGUUUGAUAUGGCAACAGCGCGGGUUUUACCCUGAAGAAGGAAUUAAGGUUCUCUGCCAAAAGUCUUUGCUGAAGAUUGGUGAAAAUAAUGAACUAAAGAUGCAUGAUCUGCUUGGAGAUCUUGGAAAGGAAAUCAUUCGUGAAGAAAACCUUAAGGUGCCCGGAAGGCGUAGUAGGUUGUGGUCUCAUGAGGAAGCCUUGGAUGUAUUGGAGAAAGAUAUGGGAACGGAUAAAGUUGAAGGGCUCUGCAUUGACUUUGGAGGUAGUUCUAGUAACCAAUGCUAUUUGAAGAGCGAAGGAUUUACUAAAAUGAGUGAACUUAAGUUACUCCAAGUUGAUUAUGCACACUUUGUUCCAGACUCUGUGCUUUCUUUUUCGGAACUGAUAUGGUUGAGAUGGAAAGGAUGCCCUCUGGAAUUCACGCUAAUGAAUUUUCAUCCAGUCAACCUGGUUGUCCUUGAUCUGUCAUAUAGUUUUGUUACAAGUUACUGGAGGGGUUGGGAGCACAUUAAGGUGGCAAAGAAUCUAAAAGUUCUGAAUCUGACAGGGUGUCAACACCUGUUAAAGACUCCAAAACUAGCAAAUCGUCGCUUGGAGGUCUUGAUUCUUGAAAACUGUGAAAAUCUGGCUGAAAUGGAUGAAUCUUUCAAUUACCUUGAGAAGCUAGUCACAUUGAAUAUGAGGGACUGCACAAAACUAAGGGAUCUCCCAUAUGGCAUCGGGGAGUUGAGGUCUAUCAAAAAUCUCAACUUACAUCAAUGCCAAGGACUUGACAAGAUACCUGAUUCCAUAUGUCUUUUGGAAAAACUGGAGACUUUUGAUGCCAGCUUUUGUUGUAUCAAGGAUGGGGGAAUUCCGGAUACCAUAGGGUAUCUACCCUCUUUGAAAAUCUUAAGACUAGGUAGAAACGAUUUACAAAGCCUACCUGUGACAGUUUCUAACCUUUCCUUGCUCGAAACACUUGAUUUACGGUUCUGCAACGAACUAGAAUCGCUCCCAGCAUUGGUAGGGUUGAGAAAUUUAGAGAGAUUAAAGCUUGAUAAUUGUCGGAGCUUAGCAGAGAUUGAAGGCCUCCAAGGGUUGGACUCCCUAGUUCUGUUGACAAUGAUGAACUGCAGAUCAUUAAGAAAAAUAGGGAAAAUAUCCGGCUUGAGAAAACUGAAGGAAUUAAGACUAGAGGGUUACUCAAUGUUGUCUGAGAUUGAGGGCCUUGAGGGACUCGAUUCUUUGGAGCUGUUGACAACAAAGGACUGUGGAUCAUUAUGGAAAAUCGGGAAAAUAUCUAACUUAAAAAAACUGAAGGAAUUAAGACUCAAGGAUCAUUCAAUGUUAUCUGAGAUUGAGGGCCUUGAGGGACUGGACUCCCUGGAGCUGUUGACGAUGGAAAACUGUAAAUCAUUAAGGCAAAUUGGGAAACUAUCCAGCUUGAGAAAACUGAAGAAAUUAAAAAUGGAGAGCUGCGAGAACUUACUCGAGAUUGAGGCACUUGUGGGAUUGGAUUCCUUGAAGCAUUUAGAUGUUCGCAUGUGCAAAAAACUAACGAAGAUUCAAGGCCUCGAUAGAUUGGAAUCCUUGAAGUGCUUGGACCUUUGGGGGUGCUCAUCUAUGGAAAGAUUACCAGAUCUCUCCAACUUGAGAAACUUGAAGCGUUUAACUGCUUGCUGGUGUGAAAAACUAAUGGAGAUUCAAGGCCUCGAUCGAUUGGAAUCCUUGGAGUCCUUGGACUUUCAGGGGUGCUCGUCUUUGGAAAGAUUACCAGAUUUCUCCAACUUGAGAAACUUGAAGCGUUUAAAUGCUUGCAGCUGUAAAACACUAAUGGAGAUUCAAGGCCUCGAUAGAUUGGAAUCCUUGAGGUUCUUGGUCCUUCGGGGGUGCUCGUCUAUGAAAAGAUUACCAGAUCUCUCCAACUUGAAAAAUUUGAAGAAUCGUUCACACACCUUUGCUUGAAGCUAACCAAGAUUCAAGGCCUCAACA